AUGGAGACCGCAGGCCUAGUCAUCGGCGUUGUCGGGCUCGCCGGACUUUUCAAAUCUUGCCUAGAGGCCCUCGAUAAAUUGCAAUCUCACCGGGCCUUCGGAAAUGACCCUGACGUCCUAGAUACGCGAUCCAAUGCCACCAAAGCUCGCUUCGAGCGAUUAGGUCCAGGCGUGGGCAUCAAGCGGGGCCAACUGAUGCAUGCCCGUCGCCCAGCUUUGGACGACAAAGUCCUUUCAGAUGCAGUAGCCAAGUUGUUACAUGUCAUUGUCGAGGCGAUUUGCAAUCCCGGAAAUAGGGACCUGCACACGCUUCGUAAUGUCACGCAUGAGUCGAGAAAAAAAGAAAAUGACAUUGAAUUCUUUGUUAUGGAAGAAGACUUCGCGGAUGCUGAGAGAGUGACCGAAGUUGCCCAGUUCUCCAUUGCGGACCUCGGUGGUCCCCCACCUAGGACUACGAUCGCCCAACAACCAGUACAAACCCCAAGGGCGCAGACAAACCAGCUUUACAGACGAACACCACCCUGA